AUACACACAACAAAAAGUCGUUGUUGCACUGUUGCUAAAACCCUUGCGCACAAAAUCUACAUUUUCCAAAAACAGGGGAUGAGUUCUAAUCGAUUACCGCUUGCAUCAAUCGGAGAUGAAGACCGAGAUUCCGAGGAAUUAUCGUCAUCUACGCAAUCGACCCAGUCCGAAACCUACAUGGUGGGUUUCAUCGUCGCCAACAUUGUCGGUUUACAAUACUAUUCCGGCCGGAUAAGUGGCCGAGAAAUGGUUGGUCUUGUUAGGGAACCAUUGAAUCGCUUCGACUCCAACGCCAUCAAAGUCGUCAAUACUCGAACUAUCCAAGUUGGUCAUAUCGAAAAGAAGGUAGCUAGUGUACUUGCCCCUUUAAUCGACUCAAAUUUGGUUCAUGUUGAAGGGAUUGUACCCAAAACCCCUAAAAACGCAGCUGCGUAUAAAAUCCCAUGUCAUAUUCACGUUUUUUCAAAGAUUGAAGCUUUUGAGAUCGUCAAAUCCGCAUUAGGGUUGUUUUUAUUCUCGCCAGAUGAUCCUUCGUUUAGUAUGUCUGAAUCUAUGGUCGUGAAAGAGAAGAAAAAGGGUGAUUUGGAUGAGAUUUUUAAGUUGGUCGACGAUAAUUCUAGUAAAAGUAUGGUGAAUGGAGUUAUGGAGCCUCCAGAAGAUUUCAUUUUACCGGAUCUUUUUCUGCAUCAAAAGGAAGGUUUAUAUUGGCUGCACCACCGUGAGAACUCCGACGAGCUGCCACCCUUUUGGGAAAAAAGGGACGAGGGUUUUGUGAAUGUGUUGACCAAUUAUCAGUCCGAUAUUCGACCCGAGCCUCUACGUGGUGGGAUCUUUGCUGAUGACAUGGGAUUGGGUAAAACUCUCACUUUACUUUCUUUAAUUGCGUUGGAUAAAUGUAAUGAUGUAAACGUAAAUGAAGAAUUGAAAGACGAGGUUUUGGUUGUCCCAAGUGGUAAAAGAUCAAGAAAGGGGAAAAUGAACAAAACCAUUAGGCCUAGUAAGAAACAGAAAAAGGAAGAAAACAUAAGUGAAAUUGGCUCAAAAAUGACUUUGAUUGUUUGUCCACCUUCUGUUUUCUCAACUUGGAUAACACAACUAACCGAGCACACAAAAAGGGGAAGGCUAAAAGCAUAUAUGUACUAUGGGGAUCGAACUCAAGAUAUCUUAGAGCUUCAAAAGUAUGACAUAGUCUUGACAACUUAUAGUACACUCGGAAGUGAACUAAAUAACACGAAUACACCCAUAAAGAAGAUAUCAUGGUGGCGUGUGAUCUUGGAUGAGGCACAUGUAAUCAAGAAUCAUAAGGCAAACCAAAGUGUUGCUGUGACUAUGUUGAAUGCUAAAAGGCGAUGGGUUGUUACAGGAACACCCAUUCAAAAUGGCUCAAUGGACUUAUACUCUCUCAUGGCAUUUCUAAAAUUCGAUCCGUUUUCAAUCAAAAGCUAUUGGGAUAGAUUAGUCCAACGACCAAUCGCUCAGGGGAAUGCAAAAGGGCUCUCAAGACUCCAGGCGUUAAUGGCAACUAUUUCUUUAAGGAGGACGAAAGAAAAGACCGAGAUUGGGUUGCCUCCAAAAACCAUCCAUACAUGUAAUGUGGAGCUUUCUGUAGAUGAACGUAAGCUUUAUGAUGAGAUGGAAUCAGAAGCUAAAAGUUUUGUUGAGAAAUAUAUUGCUAAUGGAAGUGUGACACACAAUUACUCAACUGUUCUAAGCAUCAUUCUAAGGCUUCGCCAGAUAUGUACACAUACAGAAUUGUGCCCUGAAGACGUUAGGGCAUCACUUUCAUCCUACAAUUUCGAAGAUGCAUCCAACAACCCAGAACUUUUAAAGAAAUUGGUUAUACUACUACAAGAUAGUGAAGACAUAGACUGUCCAAUUUGCCUCUCUCCACCAUCCGAACUAAUCAUCACAUCAUGUGCCCACAUCUUUUGUCAAAACUGCAUAAUCCGAACACUAAAACAUUCAAAAUCUCUAUGCCCACUAUGUCGCCACCCUUUAUCCGAAUCCAAUCUUUUCUCACCUCCACCCGAGGUCAACAAACUUCCCUCUUCCUCUUCCUCUACCUCCUCCUCUUCCUCCAAAGUAACUGCCCUUUUAAAGCUUCUCGAGGCAUCAAGAAACGAAAACCCGUGUAUAAAAUCGGUUGUAUUUUCUCAGUUUCGUAAGUUGUUGCUUUUACUUGAGGAACCGUUAAAAGCAGCAGGGUUUAAAACGAUUCGGUUGGAUGGUGUAAUGAGUGGGAGGAAGAGAGCGGAUGUGAUUAAAGAGUUUGGAGAUUCGGAUGGAUGCGGGCCCACGGUUUUGCUCGCGAGUCUUAAGGCUUCGGGCACGGGGAUUAAUCUCACGGCGGCUUCGCGGGUGUACUUGAUGGAGCCGUGGUGGAAUCCGGCGGUGGAAGAACAGGCGAUGGAUCGUGUCCAUAGGAUCGGACAAAAGCAGGAUGUGAAGGUUGUGAAGAUGAUUGCUAAAGAUAGUAUUGAUGAGAGGAUAUUGUUGUUGCAGGAAAAGAAACAGAAGCUAGCGAAGGAGGCUUUUAGGAAGAAGGGGAAGGAGGAGAAAAGGGAUGUAAAUUUGGAUGAUCUUCGGACUUUGAUGUCGUUGUGAAAUAGGGCGAAUGUUAGUUUGAACUUGAGUUACAAAUGCUUUCUUUUUUUGGUGUAGUUUGCUUGUGUGUAUUAAUCAUGAAGGAAAAAAAGUUGUUGGUUUGUCAAUUUGCAAUUAAAUCAAGACGGAAAGUUGGUUCUUAACGGGUCUAUUUGGCUUAACG